UGGACAAACACAGAUGCUAACGUCGCGGCCGAUAUGAACAACUGCUAACAGUUUAAAGUCACUGAAAUAGGUCGUCUUAAAACAUUUUACUCCCAUCCAUGUAGCCACUCGGGAUUAUGUGAGCUGUUAUUUUACUCCCAGGACGACCACAUAGCUUUUGUUAACGUAAUGACUAAUCUGUUGUCAAAGAUCAGGUUGUUUUCUUAGCAUUAGCCUCAGAGCUACUGUCUGACAGACAUGGAGACCCGGGGGGUUGAAGAAAUGUUUGAUUUUCGUCGGUUUCCCAGAGACACAGUCAUCCUGUUGCUGUUGCUGGUUUACUUUCCUGUUGGCGUUUGUUUGAUGUUCAUACGGAUCUUUAUCGGCGUUCACGUGUUCUUGGUCAGCUGUGCACUUCCAGAAAGUUUCAUUAGAAGAUUUAUUGUUAGAAUAAUGUGCUCCGUCCUGGGGAUGCAUGUGAGACAAAGAAACCCUCGCUUCAGAGACAAGAACACCAAGCUCUACAUAUGCAACCAUGUGACAGACUUUGACCACAACAUCAUCAACCUCCUGACCCCCUGCAAUACUCCCCAGCUUGAGGGCUCAACAGGCUUUGUGUGCUGGGCCAGAGGCUUCAUGGAAAUCCACUCAGCAUCUGCUCCAGGUGCGAUAGAAGAGUCUCUGCAGAGAUACUGCUCCAGUGAAGGUAUCCCACCAUUGCUCCUGUUUCCUGAAGAGGAUACCACAAACGGCCGCGCUGGCCUGCUCAGGUUCAGCUCCUGGCCUUUCUCCCUGACUGAUUCCAUUCAACCUGUGGCCUUAAGGGUGACCAGACCGUUGAUUGCUUUGAGUACACCAGAGUCCAGCUGGCUGAUGGAGCUCUUGUGGACUUUUUUUGUUCCGUGUACAGUGUAUCAUGUAAGUUGGCUCCCACCCAUAUCCAGACAAGACGGCGAGCCGACGCAGGACUUUGCCAACAAAGUCCAGGAGCUGCUAGCCAGUGAACUUGGGUUGGUGUCCACUAAGAUCACUAAAGCUGAUAAAGCAGAGCACAUCAAAAGGAAAAGACACACUUUACCACAAGCAUCAACAAAUGUCAGACCUGCAUCUAUUGGCCUUGGUUUCAUGGUCCAGAGUUUGGGCACAGAUGAUCACAGGAUCACCAAAAUGGCCCAACAGGUGAAGGACGUGCUGCCUCAUGUCCCCCUGAAUGUCAUCAUGAAGGACUUGGCAAAAACCAACUGUGUUGACACGACCAUCACAAAUCUGCUUGAGAACAAGGAGGAAACCCAGAUGGAAGCAACUGGGACGUCAACAUUAGGGCCUUCAAGGAACAUUUACUCCUCUAGUUCUGCUCCCACCAUAAAGCCUGCUGCCAAAUCUUUUGGAAAAUCACCAACUGAUAGACAUUUAUCUCUUCAGGAGAGAAAAGAAGCACUGUAUAAUUUUGCUAGAAGACGCUACAUUGAAAAACAUGGACUGGAUCAAGAGGACACGCAUUGAGCACACUUUGGGUCAAGCCAUCCACUAGCCUGAGAGAAGCAUAUUCAACCUGCAUAGCGUUCUAAUUUGAAUGGUGAUUUUUUAUAUUCUGUCGAUACGUUUCAUUGGAAGACAGAUUUUGUUUGAUGAAAAAAACAAGUAUUUGGAAAAUCCAUGGAAUGGUGGUACUGCAUGUUUUUGAUUCUUCAUCCUGACCGAUGCAUAAUUUUGAUAUCAAUUUGUAUUACGAUCCACUGACUGUGAAUCAUCUAUUUAUUUUUAUAAUGUCCAGAGACGUCAGUUCAAAAAAAUAAAGAUCAGCUUGACCAUAAAAA